AUGCAAAACCGCGUAUUAGACUUUGGUCAAGAAGCUCGUACUAAACUUAUCAGUGGCAUUAACGAACUUGUAAAAGCAGUUGCCGUUACAUUAGGUCCUAAAGGUCGAAAUGUAUUAAUUACCGAUUCGAUUGGUGUUCAACAUGUCACUAAAGAUGGUGUAACUGUUGCUCGUGCAAUUCGUUUCAAAGACAAGCUCAAAGAUGCUGGUGUUCAAUUGGUCAAACAAGCUUCUGCUCAAUCAAACGAACAAGCUGGUGAUGGUACAACAACUGCGACAGUGUUAGCAGGUGAAAUGAUCAACCAAGGUCACAAGUUGAUUGUUGGUGGCGCUGCACCAAUUGACUUACAACGUGGCAUGGUCAAUGCAGCAGAGAUUAUUUACUCGUCACUCAAAUAUCAGUCAUCUCCUGUAACGACUCAAGAACAAAUCCGUCGCAUUGCAACAAUCUCAACAAAUGGCGAUGAGUUCUUAGGUAAUACCAUUGCAGAACUUAUGGAUAAAGUCGGUAUUGAUGGUGCAGUAAAGGUAGAAGAAUCUAUCAACUCUGAAACAUCAAUUCAAGUAGUGGAAGGUUUAGAAUUCAACCGUGGCUAUCUAUCACCUUACUUUGCUCCAAGUGGCGCAUUUGAAGGCACUGAUGUUUCUGUAUUAUUGAUGGAUUGUUCACUGGACACUGUUCCUGAAGUUCAAGGUAUCUUAGAAGAUGCAGCAAAAAGUAAAAAGCAAAUUGUUAUCCUUGCACAUGACUUCAAUCCACAGGUCAUUAACUUCUUUGCGCACAACGUUGCCAAAGGCAUUUUAAAUGCAUGUCUUGUAAAAGCACCUAGCUUUGGUAUCAAUCGCACAUACGAGUUAAAUGACAUUGCAGUAUUGACUGGCGCUACAGUUUACUCUAAAGCCAUUCACAAGCCAUCUGAUCUAAAAGUUGAUUUACUUGGUACUAUCAAAAACUUAAAUGUGACUGCAAAGAAAACAUUGAUUGUUGGUGGUGGUGGUACAACUGAAGCAAUUGAUAAAUACGUCGCUGACAUCAAAGCAAAUAUUGAUGCUAUGGAAAAAGCAAAUGAAGAAUUAAAAGAAUAUGAUCUUGAACUUCUUCGCACUCGCUAUUCUAAACUCAAUAACGGUGUUGGUAUCAUUCGUGUUGGCGGUUCUACAGAAAUUGAAAUCAAAGAACGUCGUGACCGUGUAGACGAUGCAAUCGCAGCUACGCGAGCAGCUUCUGAAGAAGGCGUCGUUGUUGGUGGUGGUACUGCACUGUUAAAUGCAUCUAUUGAAUUAAAGUCUUACGAUACAUCUAAGUUUGCAAACGAUGAUGUUCGUGCAGGUUUUAACUUGGUUAUUGCAGCAAUUACAAAACCACUUAUCAGCAUCUCUGAAAACGCAGGGGAAAAUGGUGAUGUAACAAUCAACAACAUUAUCACUCAGCGUACCAAAGAUGUAGAACCUAAUCUUAACUUUGGCUAUGAUGCUUACACUGGCAAAUAUGUCGACCUUGUAGAAACAGGUGUAAUUGAUCCAGUUAAAGUAACUCGCCUUGCAGUGAAACAUGCGGUAUCUGUUGCAGGUAUUGUAUUGACAACUGAAGCGACUGUAACGGAUGAUCCUGAAGAUUUAGCUGCAUCUGUAAAUCCUAACAUGACAUUCUAA